CCGCGCCGUCCCUUCCCCCCCACCACAUUUGACGAUUUGAGUUGGCAGGCGUGUGUUUGUCACAGUGACGCCCGGCGACCAGGAAUGAUUCCAUCCCCAUGCCCCCUUGUUGUUCGCCCACGCACGUCGAGGGCUCUCGCCCUUUACACGUCUGUGGAUCGCCUCUCGGUCAUGCCGUCGUCUCAUGGUCCUCAGCCGUGGGCUGGCUGGCUGGCUGGCUGGCAUCAUCGCCUCCCCCUGUCCCUUCGCCUCGCCUCGCCUCCUCCUUGAACACCUCCCCCCCAUCCCGCCCCUGAUCCGUCUUCGAUCAUCUUGAUGCAUCUCUUUCCCACCAUCUGCAUCUCACAACUGCCGCCAUCUGCCGCCCAGAAUGCCUCCCGCGAAGAAAGCUAACAACAAGUCGUCGCGUACAGCAUCAUCGACAGCACCCGCAAGAGGAGGUGAAAAGCCCGAGGUGGGCAGCGGCGGCGGCGGCGGCGACAGACCUGACAACAAGGCCAAGCCCAAGACCGACAAGGAAAAGGCCCUGCUGCGGCGCCAGCAGGUCCGCCGCGCGCAGAUCGAGCACCGUCAGCGCAAGGCAAACUACGUCAAGCAGUUGGAGCUCGAUGUCUCGCAGCUGAGGGACCUGGUCGCCCUCGCGGAACACGACGGCAGGGUUCUGCACAGGGAGAAUGAGGAGAUCAUCACCAUCCUCCGGCUGAAUGGCGUCGGACGGCCGUCGGGAGUGCAACAGCAACCGCCGCCGCCGCUACCACCUGCCGCUCAUCAUCACGCCGCCCAGCAGCAGCAGCAGCCUCCCGCGUACAUGAUAAGGCCAGAAGGUGCUGCUGCUGGUGUGACACCGAGUCACGGACCGCCGGUUGAGCCAAUUGACCCGAUGAUGAUGCUUGAUCCCUCCGUGCCUGGAAGCUAUGCGUCGUCGUCAUCGGUGCCGGACGUUGCUGCGUCCCCCGAGAUGUUCAGUGGCAUCGACUUGGACGACUGGACAGUCCACCUAAGCGUCGACAAGUCCCUCGGGACGCCCUGCUUCCGCAUCGACUCCGGCCCCGGCUCCUCGGGUGACGGCAGCGUCGCCAGCGCCCUGACGCCGCCCAAAUCAGCGACGGGAGGAGACGUGCAACUCACACCCGCACAGGAGCAACGCGCCAUCAACUUCAUUCUUGCGUACGUGUUGCGGAAGCUCAGUCUCGAACACGUGUGCUGGAAUCACUUCCGCCUCGGUGACUUUCCAUGCCACGACCACUCCGAAGAGUGCGAGGAGGACAACGGGCACACGCUCAUGGCCUCGGCCUAUUGCAUGGCCUCGGCCCCCGAGUCCAUCUACGUCGACAGCCAACCCCUUGCGCGAGACUAUUCCAAGAACAAGCCCCCGUCUAGCACCGCGCUGCCGCCGCCAAGCUUCUCCUGGCCCGCCGUUGGCAUCACCCUCGACUCUCUCUAUGGGCUGGCUCAGUCUCUCAACCCCGGGGAUCAGGAGAUCGCGCCAGUGCAGGCUUGGUUCGAGCUUGCGAGCCGGUAUCCGGUCGAUAUUCUCCUCGACGCCACGACGCUUGAUGCUCUGCAGCGCGAACUACAGGACGUUGUGCGAUGCGUGUCGUUUGGCGCGGCGAUCGAGCGCAUGGCCUUUGAGAGCGUCCUCGCCAAGGUUCUUGGGCCGUCUGACACGUUGCUGAAUGCCCCAGUUGAAGGUAUCUUGUAAUUCUGGACAAGUAGGAGGGGCCUCAUCAUUGAUCAUUACACUGGAAGCGGUAGGCGUUGUGGUUGGAAUAUACGGCGUUGGAACUGCAAGUAUUCAUCGCAACCUAUGCUAGGCGAUCAUCUCGAUAUCAAAACUCGAAGCAACGGAGGGAGGC